AUGUCGAUCGAAUUUACCGUAUUCAAGGGUGCCAAGGAUGGAAUCAAACAAGACGUGACGCACAAAAAUGAUCUCAAGCGCGACGAUGUGCUCAUCCGCGUCACCCAUUCAGGCGUCUGCGGCACCGAUCUCCAUUAUCAGACCGCCGACAUGGCCCUUGGCCAUGAGGGAACCGGUGUGGUAGAAGCGACCGGGCCCGAUGCCCACAUACUGAAAAAAGGCGACCGAGUGGGUUGGGGAUACGAACAUGAUUGCUGUGGCCACUGUCGCCAAUGCCUGACGGGCUGGGAGACGCUAUGCUCUGAGCGAAAGAUGUAUGGUAUGGCCAACCUCGACCAAGGAUCAUUCGCGACGCAUGCUGUGUGGCGGGAGGCCUUCCUUUUUAAAAUCCCCGAUAAUCUCCUCAAUGAAGAUGCUGCUCCACUGAUGUGCGGUGGAUCGACCGUCUGGAAUGCUCUGAACGUCGCCGAAGUGCGCCCGACUUCUCGCGUCGGUAUCGUUGGUAUUGGAGGACUGGGACACUUGGCCAUCCAAUUCGCUGCCAAGAUGGGCUGUGAGGUUAUUGUAUUCUCUGGUACAGACAGCAAGAAGGAAGAGGCGUUCAGGCUGGGCGCCACGGAAUUCCAUGCCACCAAGGGGGUGAAGGAGUUGAAAUUGGAAAAGCCUGUCGAUAACCUGCUUGUCACUACCAGCAGUCAGCCGGAUUGGCAUAUGUAUUUCAACGUGAUGGCACCGGGUGGUGUGAUUUCUCCUUUGUCAGUGGACUCGGGCGACCUUAAGGUUCCAUACAUGCCUUUGUUGGCGACGGGUCUUCGAGUGCAGGGUGGAAUUGUCUCUUCCAGACAGGUGCAUCGUGAAAUGCUGAACUUCGCUGCUCUCCAUCAGAUCAAGCCCGUCAAGAUGACUUUCCCUUUGACAUUGGAAGGAGUGAAGGAGAGUCUUAAGACAUUGGAGGAUGGCAAGAUGCGGUACCGAGGUGUUCUUAUCGCUGGCAAGUAA